AUGGAGUCCAACAGAGAGCCGCGGAGACCCAAAGCCCCGCACAGCAGUGAGUUCGUCCGCAAACACGCUAACAUGAACCCGCACACGUCGACCUGGCCGCCAUAUUGGACCGGGCAAGUGACCGACUUCGUUCUCUUCCUGGGCAUCGCCCACAACCUGCCGCUGACCUUUGACCUGAAGCUGGCGGUAGGGUUUGCAUUCACAGGUAUAUGUGUUGUUGUGGGGACGCUCUCCUCAACCUUCAGGUCCUCGGCCCUCCUGGUGUUUCCCAGCAUGCUCGGCUCCCGUGGGCGGAGCUACCUGUUGGUGCUGAUGCUGUCGGUGCUGUACUCAGGCCCGGUGCUGAACAUCCAGCGAAACGCCGAGGCGGCCGCCGCGUCCAUGAGCUGCAACCUGGACCUGCAGGUGCGCCACAGCCGCCUGCUGUGGAGAGAAGCCGUCCGACCGUACAUCCAGGUCCUGCAGGAGCUCACGGAGAACCAGGCCGGGUUUCAGUCCGAGACUCGCAGCGUCGACGAGGGGUUUCAGAGACUGAGAGACGAGCUGGUCCUUCAGUACGGUUACGACCGAUUCACGUCGGGCGGCGGCGGGAACAGCACCCAGGAGGAGUUCGCCUCAAAGACCAUCAUGCAGUGCGACAGUGUGGUGGGACACGGCGUGCAGCGCUGCGUCGACUGGUUCAAAGCCAGGCUGACGGACUGCCUGGAGGCCAUCCCUGUUCCUGUCAUCAACCACAUCCUGUGCAUCCCCAUGAGGUUCCACUUCCUGUGUGACGUCAUGAGAGUGAUGACUCCGUGGUGCAGGGAGAACGUUCCGGUGGAGGGAAACUUCGGGCAGCUGUUCGACCAGCUCAACAUUUCCAUUGACCAGCUGUCCAGAGAGUUCAGCACUGAGCUGCUGGUGGAGGAGGAGGAGCAGCAGGAGGUGCUGGAGGGAGCCCUGCUGGAGCAGCACUUCACUCAGGCCGUCACAGAAUCCUUCAGGACUUUGACCACAAUCAGCGAGAAAGUUCUGGAAGUCCUGCAGAUUCUGCUCUCCUUUACUUUCAUCACCAUCUUCAUCCAAGCGUUUGGUUAUCUGAGAAGUUACCAGAGGAACAUCACCUUUGAUAAUUUCUACAUUACAACGUACUUCAAACAGAUCGACGCUCGCAGGAGGAGAGCGGGUAAACGCUGGUUGUUGCCCCUGAGGAAGUCGGAGAGGAAGAGCUUCAUCGACCCCUGCAGGCCGAAGAUUAACCCCGAGGAGCUCCAGCAAGUGACGUCCGGCGUGUUUCACGCGAUCGCUGUCGCGCUGCUGGCGUUGGCCCUUUUUGCCCUCGACUACGCUCUGUUCCACGUUCUGGACAUCGUCAGCAGACACACCUACACCCAGUUCAACGUGACCAGCAGCCACCACCUGGACAUCCGAGUGGACGGAGACUCCAUGAUGGCCCGCCUGCUGAGGACCAGCAUCUCCGCCUUCAACAGCUCGUCCAGCUUCAACCUGCACAGCGACAACCUGGAGUGUGUGUCCCCGCCCACCCUCCUCCCCGUCACCGUCUAUGUGAGCUGUGUGGGCUGCGUCCUGCUGAUGGCGCUCUUCAGCCUCCUUCAGGUUUAUACUAACCGCCUCCGAAGGGUCAUCGCGGCCUUCUACUACCCCAAGAGGGAGAAGAGGCGGAUCCUGUUCAUCUACAACCUUCAGCUGCACAGACGGAUUUCUUCCCCCGACAAGACCCGAACCAGAGGUCGAAGAGGGAAACCUGUGACGGUGUUCCAGCGUCUCGCCAGGUGGUGGCGCCGCCUGUGCCGCUGGCUGGGAUCAGAGGACACAGAUUGA